AGUAGAAGAAGCUUCUGUUUUCUUUUAUUCUGGUUGAAUUUACCCAAGAGACAUAUUUUCUAAUUUAAAUGUCACAAGGCUGCUUUAGUCGAGACUGCCAGACCUAGGAGAUACCCUACCAAAACUGGCAGCAGCUCAUGAUAUCUUCGGUUAAUGGGUCACGCAAGAUGAUGAUGCUAUGUUGCUGCCGGACCAGACGUACGCCGACUACGUGGACCGACAUUUGACCAAGCCGGACUUCAAGAGCUCCGGCACCAGCAGCAGCUACGACCUUACCGCUGAUUUCUUUGAGAAUAUACCCGACUUCGUUGGCGCAACCCUGCCGGCCUUUCUUUACAGUCCACAAAGCAACCGACAGCCUGCAGAUGCGGACCACGGAGACACACCGCAGACCCAGCGCACUUCCCAUUCCAGUGGGCCUGUCAAGGAGCAGAGCGAGACUUCGACCAAGAGCGAUAAUUGCGACGAUGUUUUGCGGCUCUGCGAGGACUUUCUCUGUCGGCAUCGCAUGCGCCCCGACUUCUUUUGCCAAUACCACAAGGCACUCAGUUCAACCACACCGUCGCCUAAGCAGAGCAAAGCUUCGCCAACCGUGGACAAGGCAGAAUGCUCUGCGGGGCUAAGUGUUUCCAAGGAACAGGAAUCCUCGGUGCUAUCUGGCAAUAACAUCACUGAUGUGGUCGAACGAUUCACAAAGUUCUCAGCUAUUUACACACUCCCGGUUGCCAGGCGAAGGAAAACAUGCAAUAAAACCACAGGAAACAUAACCGAUGCCUCGUCGUCAAAUGAGGCAGUGCACCUGCAACAGCGGCUCAAGAGUCUAAGCACCGAGCUGCUGGUCAUGCGCAAUCGUCUGCAUGUGGAAAGUCAGGGGCAUGGCCGGGCAGCCGAUGUACAGCAUCACGGCAUUGCAGGAGGCGCUGCUGCUGGCGUUGCAGUUGCUGGAUCGAAGGCAGCCAAUUAUGACUUGAACGCGUCCAGUCCGAACCUGAACCUGGGCACCGGGGGGCUCUCUGCGAAUGCAUUGCAGCAGCAUGCGAACGGAAGCGGCCAGAACACCCUGUCCAAGCAUGCGUACAACUACAGCCAGACGCUGCCGAGCAAUGCAGGAUCGGGCGCUGUCAUCUCGGCGCGCAACACGUCCAUUCCGCAUCCGCUGCCGCACCAGCUGGGUGAGGUGUCCGGCAUGGGCCAGAACAAGGGGCACAGCGGAAGUCUAGGCUUUACAGGAACCCUGACGCCCGCGUCCCUGCCGCACAGUGUCAAUGGCAGAUCCAACACGCUGCCUAUGCGCUCCUCCGCUGCAGCCUCGCUCCCGGCGUCAGUGAAUGUGUCUGCGCAUCAGAAUAGCCAACAAUUGCCAUCAACCAAGCACGUCAAUCCGUGCCAAAGCGUGAAAACGUUACCAUUCGGGUUUGGCUCUGCAGCCGGCGGGGCCAAGCAGCAGCAGGCAAACCGUCUGCCCAAGGACAUGCAGGAUCUGAUCCAUUUGGCGGGCCCGUUGAACGAGCACGCCGUCAUGCACACCCUGCAAGCCCGCUUCAACGAGCAGCGCUACUUCACCAACGUGGGAUCGAUACUACUCUCGAUUAAUCCAUACCUGGAUGUUGGAAAUCCGCUAACGCUCACUUCUACGCGAGACCUACCGCUGGCGCCACAGCUGCAGAAGAUCGUUCAGGAGGCAGUGCGUCAGCAGAGCGAGACGGGUUACCCUCAAGCCAUCAUACUGUCGGGAACUAGCGGGGCCGGGAAGACGGCCAACGCCAUGCUCAUGCUGCGCCAGUUGUUUGCCAUUGCCGGCGGUGGCCAGGAGACGGAUGCGUUUAAGCAUUUGGCCGCCGCCUUUACAGUAUUACGCUCACUUGGCUCCGCCAAGACAACCACCAACUCCGAGUCCAGUCGCAUUGGCCAGUUCAUCGAGGUUCAGGUCACGGACGGUGCGCUCUAUCGUACCAAGAUACACUGUUACUUUCUGGAUCAAACUCGAGUUAUUCGUCCGUUGCCUCAAGAGAAGAACUAUCACAUUUUCUACCAGCUACUCGCUGGCCUCAACAGGGAGGAGCGCCAGAAGCUCCAUUUGGAGGGCUACUCCCCGGCGAAUCUGCGCUAUCUCCGCGGCGACAUCACUCAGAAUGAGCACGAGGACGCGGUGCGCUUUCAGGCCUGGAAAACUUGCCUGGGCAUAUUGGGAAUACCCUUUCUGGAUGUGGUGCGUGUCCUCGCUGCUGUGCUAUUGCUGGGCAAUGUUCAGUUUAUCGACGGCGGGGGCCUUGAGGUAGAUGUCAAGGGCGAGACGGAACUCAAUUCGGUGGCCAGUCUUUUGGGCGUGCCGCCCGCCGCACUGUUCCGCGGACUGACCACGCGCACCCACAAUGUGCGGGGCCAGCUGGUGAAGUCGGUUUGCGGGGACGGGGAUGCGAACAUGACGCGCGAUUGUUUGGCCAAGGCGCUCUACUGCAGAUUGGUGGCGACGAUUGUGAGGCGAGCGAACAGUCUGAAGCGUCUGGGCUCUACGCUGGGCACCUUGAGCUCGGACUCGAACGAGUCGGUGCACAACCAGGCGGAUGCGGCAUCGCAGCACACGUCGACCAUUGGCGGCGGCAAUGCGGGCUCCAAGUCGAUGGCAGCCUUGAAUAAUGCGGUGCGGCAUGCCACGGACGGGUUCAUUGGCAUACUGGACAUGUUCGGCUUUGAAGAACCUUCGCCGCACGCCCAGCUGGAGCACUUGUGCAUCAAUUUGUGCGCAGAGACUAUGCAGCACUUUUACAACACGCACAUUUUUAAAUCAUCGGUGGAGUCCUGCCGGGACGAGGGCAUUGUUUGCGAAACCGAGGUGGACUAUGUGGAUAAUGUGCCAUGCAUUGACCUGAUAUCCUCGCUGCGCACAGGCCUGCUGAGCCUGUUGGACAUGGAGUGCUCGGUGCGCGGCACAGCCGAGAGCUACGUGACCAAGCUGAAGGUGCAGCAUCGCUGCUCGACGCGUCUGGAGACACGAACCGCCUUGGAGCCUGACGAUCCGCGACUGUUUGCCAUUAGACACUUCGCCGGUCGCGUGGAGUACGACACCACCGACUUUCUGGACACCAACCGAGACGUGGUGCCGGACGAUCUGGUCGCCGUAUUUUACAAGCACAGCUGCAACUUUGGAUUCGCUACUCAUCUAUUUGGAUCCGAGCUGAAGGCUCUCUAUGCCCAGCAGCACGCGCCACGAGGUCUUAGCUUCCGAAUCUCACCCACCUCGCAUUCCGACUUGCUGAACGGGGAUGAGCCUGUCUCCACGCUAACUCAGGAUUUUCACACACGGCUGGAUAAUCUGUUGCGCACUUUGGUCCAUGCCCGGCCGCACUUUGUGCGCUGCAUCCGUAGCAAUACAUAUGAGCAGCCGAGCAGGUUCGAUCGCGUGACUGUGGUGCGGCAGAUCCGAUCGCUGCAGGUCUUGGAGACCGUGAAUCUGAUGGCUUCAGGCUUUCCGCACCGCAUGCGAUUUAAACAGUUCAAUGCGCGCUAUCGAAUGCUGGCUCCGUUCCGCCUACUGCGGCGCACCGAGGACAAAGCUCUAGAGGAUUGCCAGCUGAUACUACAGUACGCCAUGGGCAUGGAACAGCUGCCUGUGCAGGAUGGCUCUGUUACGCUGGCCUGGGCGCCGGGCAAGAGACACGUUUUCAUUAGCGAAGGCAUCCGCCAGCAUCUUGAGCACCUGCGCACGGAGAUUCGUAACAAAAGCGCCACCCGAAUACAAUCCAUCUGGCGCGGCUGGUGUUGGCGCAAGAAGAUGGGCAGCAGCCUAAAGCGAUCCUGUGCCACCGACACCGGCCUAAUCUCUGCGCUACCCGCCAUCGCCAGCACUUGUGCCAAGCUCGUCAAUGCCCACAACAAUCCCAAUGGCAAGGCAGCCUCAGCAGCUAUGGCCGCCCUGGCGGCCGUGGCUACCGCAGCUCCCAAUACAGUCUCGCGCCUGUCCGCUAAGUCCACAAAUCAAACUCCGUGUCUCGGCAACGGAGGCACAGUGACUCGCCCGCGACCUCAGCCUAUUGCCGGCACACCACCUCCGGAUCCACACGAGAAAUGCGACCAGAAGAUUAUCCAGCAAACAUGCAGUCUCUUCGGACUGGAUUUGGAACGCCCUCCGCCCGUUCCACUAUCACGGGCUUACACCAUCACAGCCAAUUCAAAGAAGCUGGGCUAUCCGCAAAGUCGCAUCAUGAAAAUGAAUUUUCCAGAGGAUGCACUUGCUAAUCCGGCUACAGCUGGCCUGUCGCCGCCAGCCCCUGGUGAACUGCAGCAGCUGAAAAAAGGCGACACCGUAACUGUUGUGGGUGCCUCCAGUGGUCGGGGCCAUUUGGUUGUGGAGCACAAAGGCCAAACCUAUCACGUGCCCUUUCAGUACAUGGAGCUGAGCGGCCAAACAGUUGCCUCUGCUAGCAAUGCCGCCAGCAAUGCCAACAUGACCAUAUCAUCCGCGUUGAUGUCGACUGGCCAGUCGAAUGGGGUGAAAAUCUGAAAUCACGCUUAACAUGCAGGAGAGUCCACUUCUGGAGCAACAUCAGCGACGGAGACUGUAAAUAACUGACAUUAGUAUAAGUGCCUAAAUUUAAAUAAUGAAUCGCUGAGAUUUGCGAGGACAAACGUAUUAUGCUUCCCCUUGCGUUGUCCGAUGGAGUAUUAUUAUUUAUGUUUUUCAUAUGACAAUAGGUUGUAGCUUCCAGUGCCAAUCAAGACAGUUUUUUUUUCCAAUAAUAAUAAUCUCUACGGUUUUGUUGUUAUAUAUAGGUUAUAAGAUAAAAACAUGUAGCUAGAAUAAGUCGCUUCUGAAGCCUCGUUUAAUUAAACCUUUAUUCGGCUCCCUUUCAUCAUAGCGUGCAUUAAUAAGGGUUUUCAUUGUUGCUCAUUGCCUGAUUCAUGCCUACUUAUUCAUAUGGCAAUAUAUAUAAAAAGUGCUCGAUUUAAUUUUUUCACACAUAUAUUUAUUAGUAAGUCAUAUUGUGUACAUAAUGUACUAAGCAUUCCACUUCAUCCAUUAAAGAAAGAGAAGGACUGUACAACAUAUUCUGUGUUUAUUAAAUAAGUAAAACGAGUACUAACUAUGAAUGUAUGAAGUAAAACGAGUACUACAUAUGAAUGUAUGAAGUAAAACGAGUACUACAUAUGAAUGUAUGAAGUAGAACGAGUACUAACUAUGAAUGUAUGAAGUAAAACGAGUACUACAUAUAAAUGUAUGAAGUAAAACGAGUACUAACUAUGAAUGUAUGAAGUUAAACGAGUACUAACUUUGAAUGUAUGAAGAAAAACGAGUACUUCAUAUGAAUGUAUGAAGUUAAACGAGUACUAAUAAAUAUGACUGUAUGCAUUUGAGUUUUCACCAUAAUAGAAAAGAUAUUGUGGUUGGUUGAGUUGUCUCACAAAUAAAGUAAGCCUUUUUAUCCA